CAUGGACAUCGUUGGCUUUCUGAAGUCUCAAUUCAUUUGCCACCUUCUGAUCUGCUACAUAUUUAUAGUGUCAGGACUGAUCAUUAACUUCAUUCAACUCUUUACACUUAUACUUUGGCCAAUCAACAAGCAACUGUUCAGGAGGAUCAACUGCAGGCUGGCUUACUGCAUUUCAAGCCAGAUGGUGAUGUUGCUGGAAUGGUGGUCAGGCACCGACUGCACUCUCUACACUGACCCAGAGAGUUACCGCAAGUAUGGGAAGGAGAAUGCCAUCGUAAUCCUUAAUCACAACUUUGAAAUUGACUUCCUCUGUGGCUGGAACUUUUGUGAAAGAUUCGGGGUCUUGGGGAGUUCCAAAGUGCUUGCAAAGAAGGAGCUCUCCUACAUGCCUAUCAUUGGCUGGAUGUGGUAUUUCCUGGAGAUAGUCUUCUGCAAGCGUAAGUGGGAGGAAGAUCGGAAAACAGUCAUGCAGAAGUUGCUGAAUCUCCGGGACUACCCUGAACACUUUUGGUUCCUGAUUCAUUGCGAGGGCACAAGGUUCACCGAACAGAAGCACCAGAUUAGCAUGCAGGUAGCUGAAGCCAAAGGCCUGCCCAAGCUCAAGUAUCACCUGCUGCCACGAACGAAGGGAUUUGCUGUUACUGUGCAGUGUUUGAGAAAUGUAG